ACUUAUUUGGCUUCUGCAGCGUCCAGCUUGCAGCAAGCCGCAGCGACCAACCCCUUGCAACAGCCCGGGUCCGCUCGGCCGCUGGGGCUCCCGAGUGGGCCAAGGUCACCCUCGCCGCUGCCCUCGCGCAUCCCGUCAGCUGAGCUCAGGAGCCCGGCGGCGUCUCCUCCUGAACUUUGCACCCAGCGAGAAGAGCGAGCGCAGACAGCCGAGCUGCCCCUCCAUCUGCGCCGGUCCCGGCCGACUCCGCGGUCCCCUCGCGCAGCCCGCCCGCCCGCCGCCCCGCGCUCCGCGGGAGGAGCCGCCGUGACGCGUCAGGGAGGAAACGCCGGCGCCCGGCCGCGCCGCCGGGACGGAGGAACCGCCAGCGCGCUGGGCUCCGCGCCCGGGCGCCGGGACGCCGCACAGCCGGGCUGCACGAGGCUUUCCUCAGAGAACUGAAGGACUAUAUGACGUCCACAGUCCUCAGCACCAAUUAUUCUUCAUUGUAUGAAAAACACCGACCACGGUGCCCGCUUUUGCUGAUGUAGCAUAUUCUGCUGAGUUAAAGCUACCUGUAAGGCAGGCGUGGUGGCUUACCGCUGUAAUCCCAGCACCUGGGAGACUGAGGCAGGAGGACUGCUGUGAGUUCAAAAGUCUCACUAAAAAGUGGGACUUUGCUUCAAAGAACAAUUUUUUUGGAACAGUUUUUAAAAAACAAAACAAAGACUACCAGUAAAAAGGUUACACGAUCUAAUAAAAUAAAGCCUCAUGAGUCUUAGAAAACUUAAUUUGGAAAUAGUUUUUGGCAAAUUUGAAAAGUUACCGCCACCAAACUAAUGCUUGUUCAUGCCGAAGGAUUUCUAAAGGACUGAUUCUGAGUUAGCAACCUACAAAAACAACACUGAGUUACUGGGAGGAAAUUCUGAAUUUCUGAAAUAAUUCCUUUGCUAAGUGACUCAGACUUUGGGUGUCGCCGAGGGGAACUCUUAAACAUGUCAAGGUUUGGUGGAUUCUUCCUGCUGAUGGUAACGCAUCGUCGACGCGGCUGCUCGGACCUGGCAGUAUGUUCCCUGCCAUUACUGCAGCAGCAAGUGGGGAUCCAGGGAUUUGCUUCCUGCUCGCUGUCUGACAGGACCAGCCCAGAGGCGCUCUGACUUGCGUGUACCCCUAUCAGCUCCGAUACUGAGAUCAAUACGCUCUGACAUGCACAGGGAGUGCCCUCAUCAAUUUUAAUUCUGAAAAUUGCUUAUGCACUACUGCCAUCCGUUUGUCUGGAUCGCUUCUGUGAAGACAGUAGACUCAUCAAUGUGAAGUGCGUCAUGUCAGCACUGGCCAUCGGGGACUUUGAAUCUCCAUUAAAUUAUCUCCUGAGGAACUCACUAGGCAUUCUGAUUGUCCCUACAGAAGAUGACUACCACCUUUGGUCAACAUAUGGCAAAACAGACAAAGUUGAUUUGUUUCGUCAUAGAAGAAUUAGUCCCUGGCAGUCUUGGAAUCUUUGGCCUCAAAUUCCUAGAGAUCCCCCUGCUUCCUGAAUGCUGGAGUUAAAGGUUCCAUGAUGGAGUUUGAACAUUACCUCAAGAGGUUUCAUAUUUUGGACUAGUUAAUCAUAUUUACCUUCUGCUGAGACCUUGGAAACUUCAGACUCAAUUUCUGUGUCCUUCAAGACAUUAAAUGCAGAGAGACUGUACUAUGGACUACAAGGAGAGCUGCCCAAGUGUGAGCAUUCCCAGCUCUGACGAACACAGAGAGAAAAAGAAGAGGUUCACGGUUUAUAAAGUUCUGGUCUCUGUGGGAAGAAGCGAAUGGUUCGUCUUCAGGAGAUAUGCAGAGUUUGACAAACUUUACAAUUCUUUGAAGAAACAGUUUCCUGCUAUGGCUCUGAAGAUCCCGGCCAAGAGAAUAUUUGGUGAUAAUUUUGAUCCAGAUUUUAUUAAACAAAGAAGAGCAGGAUUGAACGAGUUCAUUCAGAACUUAGUCAGAUAUCCAGAGCUUUACAACCAUCCAGACGUCCGAGCAUUCCUUCAAAUGGACAGCCCGAGACAUCAGUCAGAUCCAUCUGAAGAUGAGGAUGAAAGAAGUACUCCGAAGCCACAUUCUACCUCACGGAACAUCAACCUGGGUCCAACUGGAAAUCCUCAUGCCAAACCAAGUGACUUCGAUUUUUUAAAAGUUAUUGGAAAGGGCAGCUUUGGCAAGGUUCUUCUUGCAAAACGGAAACUGGAUGGAAAAUUUUAUGCUGUCAAAGUGUUACAGAAAAAAAUAGUUCUCAACAGAAAAGAGCAAAAACAUAUUAUGGCUGAACGCAAUGUGCUCUUGAAAAAUGUGAAGCACCCGUUUCUGGUUGGAUUGCACUAUUCUUUCCAGACAACUGAAAAGCUUUAUUUUGUUCUGGAUUUUGUUAAUGGAGGGGAGCUCUUCUUUCACCUACAAAGAGAAAGGUCUUUUCCUGAACCCAGAGCGAGGUUUUAUGCUGCUGAGAUUGCCAGUGCCUUGGGUUAUCUGCACUCCAUCAAAAUAGUGUACAGAGACUUGAAGCCAGAAAAUAUCCUUUUGGAUUCUAUGGGACAUGUUGUCUUAACGGAUUUUGGGCUUUGCAAAGAAGGAAUCGCUAUUUCUGAUACCACCACAACCUUUUGUGGUACACCAGAGUACCUUGCACCUGAAGUGAUCAGAAAACAGCCGUAUGACAACACUGUGGACUGGUGGUGCCUGGGAGCUGUUCUGUACGAGAUGCUGUAUGGGCUGCCCCCUUUUUACUGCCGAGAUGUUGCUGAAAUGUAUGACAAUAUUCUUCACAAGCCCCUGAACUUGAGACCAGGAGUGAGCCUCACAGCCUGGUCCAUCCUGGAGGAACUCCUAGAAAAAAACAGACAAAAUCGACUUGGUGCCAAAGAAGACUUUCUUGAAAUCCAGAAUCAUCCUUUUUUUGAGUCACUCAGCUGGACUGACCUUGUACAAAAAAAGAUCCCACCGCCAUUUAACCCUAAUGUGGCUGGACCAGACGAUAUCAGAAACUUCGAUGCCGUCUUCACUGAAGAAACGGUGCCCUAUUCUGUGUGCGUGUCUUCUGACUAUUCUAUAGUGAAUGCCAGUGUUCUGGAGGCAGACGAUGCAUUUGUUGGUUUUUCUUACGCCCCUCCUUCAGAAGACUUAUUUUUGUGAACACUCUAUCAUUCAGAAACCGAGGAGCAACCUCUAGCCUGCAGAAGAGUUGGAAACACUUAUUUGUGUGAAUAUAUUCAACUUUGUAUAACAGUGCCUCAUUUUUAUAUGUAACAGUGAAAACUAUGAAAUACAUAUUUUCUGCUGUAUGCAAGAAAUAAUAGGGCAUUUCAAAGAGCUAAGUUUUGAACUUAAAUUUGUAUUCUUGUUUAUUAAGCUUAUUUUUAAACAAAAAUUUAAAGCUAUUAUUCUUAGCAUUAACCUAUUUUUAAAGAUAACUUUUUGCUAUUGACUGUUUUUCUUUCCUGUUAAGUUUACACUAACACAUCCAAGAUAGACUGUUUUAAUAGUCUGUUACAGUUAAGAUGUAUUAAUAUCUGUAAUUCUAUGCCUUUUAUCAUAGCGAAACUAUGCAAAUGGUACAUGAUGGUUUGUGAUGGUUUAUGAUGAAACCCUAUCUUCCCAUGAUAAUUUACUCUUUGCUUCUUAGUCAGACUCCAGCACAGAGGCAGAUGAGCUGACGCCCCGGCUGCUAGUGGGCAUUCGCAGCCACUCAUUUGCAGCCCCAUAAGAAAAAGCAGAAGGCAGCCAUUUGCUUUUGGAAUACCCAGAUCCCAUCCAUGCAUCACUUUCCUCUAAAGGAAAAGAAAAUACUUAACAUCCAGGAAUUUUUAGAAUUCUCAACGAACUGAGAAGUAAUAAAAUGCUACCAGAUAUUUUUUUUAAGGUGGUGCCAAACAUAGAUGUCUCUGUCACGUGUUUAUAUUAGAAAUGUUUUCUAUUUAUGUUCCUUCUGACCCUUGGAAGGUUUAGUAGACACCACUAAGCCUUGGUGUCUGUUUUUGCAGAUAGCUAUUUCAAAACUGCCUUCUUAAUUGAUCAUGUUUUUAAAGUGACAGAAAAGAAGUAGCCUUCUGUAAUGUUUACUUAGUUGUGAAUUAAGUAGUAAAACCGCAAGUCUGGGUCAGUGUGAGUGUGUGUCCCCACCACAUUCCAACAAAAGGUAACAGUAAUUUAGUGUAACGUUUUCAGUAUUACUCGUGUUGUAGUGCAGGGAUCAGACAUGCAUGAGGCCUCGUGAAUGCUAAUCAGAGCAUUCCCUAUCUCUGACGUGCACACAUGCCUCUUGCUAUCUUUAUGUGUCUUAGAAGUAGUUCAGAACAACCUGUCGGUUACCAUCUGCACUCAUGAUGGUAAAAUGUUAGGUUCAGAGGGUGCUUCUUGGGACUCCAGCUCCUGGAGGACAGCUUCCCAGGUCCUUAAGGGGACAGCAGCAUGAGCUUAGCUGCGCUAAGAACAAACUUUCCUUGGAUGUGUUACCUUGGCAAGUGAGAAAUAUUUCUCGUCAGUACCCUUUGGCUAAAAUACGUUCAGCAGGAUGGGGACAGGCGGUGCUUCAGUGUGACAGGUAGUCUUUGUGUGCAUGCAGUACACUGGAUCUCCCUCACGGGUGAGAUGUUACGCCUACACUGUACAUAACUCGAUCCAGGCUACUUCUGUCAUCUCUACUUUAAUAACGGAGUUUUUGGUUGGUUAUGAAUCAAAACAAAAAUUGUACAUACAUGAUUUUUUUUACUCUAAUAUCCCUUAAUUAAAUUGCCAAAAAUUAAAGUGUAAUAUUGUACUUUUAAAAAGAAAAUUUAGAUUUUUGAUGUUUUUUUGGAUCACAAGAAAUAUAGACCUAUGUAAUAUAAUAAAAUUAGCAAACGUUUAAUGAUCA